CAGGAAAGCAAAAUGGCGGAUGAAGAUGUUACGCUGGAUGGUAAAUCGCUACAAUCGCUCCGUGUGGCGGAUUUGAAAGCCGCUUUGGAGCAUCGACACCUCCCUAAAAGCGGGGCGAAAAAUGCGCUCAUUAAGCGACUGAAAGGGGCUCUGAUGUUGGAAAAUGUUAAGAAGACUUCCACUUCCCACAUUGGGCUCCAGCCCAACUCCCAGAUUGGGGAGGAGAUGAGCCAGAACAGCUUCAUAAAGCAGUACCUGGCUCAGCAGCAGGAGCUCCUCCGCCACAGGCUGGAGAGAGAGGCCCGGGAGGCGGCAGAGGCCGAUGCAGGGGAAACAGGCCCGGAGGAGGAGGAGGAGGACGACGACGACACAGAGCAGGACAACGACAGUGCUUCCUACCACCCUGACAAGCAUCGCCCCAUACCCUCCCAGCCCCCGCUGACCCGGGCCGAGGAAGAGGAAGGAGGUGGAGGAGGGCCAAUGAUGAUGGGGCAAGGAAUGAUGUCUCGCAGACCACACUUUGGCCCAGGCUCCGUGCCCCAGGAAUCCCCUGACGCCCCUGGAUCCUGGAUGCAGCAGCGUCUCUCACUCCACACUGGCCUCCGCCACGAGGAGCCCACCACCCCCUCACCGCCCCGCGCUGUGGCCUCCCUGUCUGUGCGUGUCCUGGGGGACCCAGAGCGCCAGGGCCUGCCACCCUCCAUGCCCCCCCGCGUCCAGGCCCAGGAGAAUGAAGGCACCGCCCCGGCGGAUGACGACCGACCCGCCCACUAUGUGCUCCACCUCAGCCGCUCCGCUCGGGCAGCAGCCAGCGCCGGGGGUAACCGCGUCCAGGAAGACAGCGAUGAUGACAGCAGUGAGGAGGACGAAGAUGAGUGGGGACCUGCGGCGGGGGCAAGGAGAGGGGUCGGUGGCGGAGGAAGAGGAGGACGUUCCCCUCCUCCUCGGCCCCAGCAGCCUUCCCCCAGCGUCCCAGUGGGCCGAGAGAGGUCCAGACGCAAGCUACAGCCUCCGCAACACAUCCCACCUCAGCAGGUAGUACACCAGCCCCCCAUGCAGCUCCGCCAGCCCACCCCGCCCCCCUCUCCACCCCCAGAGCUCUCCUUUCCCCUCCCCGACACCCCCAAGCAGAGCCCGCCCGACAUGGAUGAGGAGCCAGAAGGAGCAGGAGCUGGGGUAGCCGUCCACUCCCCUCCAGGUGGCCUCCAGAGGCAGGACUCCGACUCCAGCUCCCGCUCCAGCAGCCCAGAGCCCCUGGCCCAGCGGCGGCCUGGACCCCUCUCCCUGCUCGCCCGCAAGAUGGCUUCCGAGGGAGCGUUCGGGAAGAGAGGUGAGGGUGCCUCAGACGGCCAGACAGGUGGUGGGGAGUCGUCCAGACCAGGAGAUGGCAGUAGCAGCGUCCCAGAAGCAGGACCGGGGGUUGGGGUAGUCCUGUUCCGUGGGGCUGCUAUCACCCACAUCGGCGGCAGCAGUGCAGCGCACUCCGGAACUGUCCCUGUACCUGAGGUCCCUGCACCAGUGCCUAUGUUUGGAUCAGGAGCCCAGUUCCAUCCUCUCUCUCUGGUGUCUGGAGCAGCUGUCCCCAGCAUCACCCUCACCGCGGAGCCCCAGGGUCCAUCUGGAGAGACGGCACAGAAGAGGACGGAGAAAGAAAAGAAGCAGGUGGAGGAGAGGGAGAUGAAGCAAGUGGAGAAACAGGAAGAGAGUGAGAGUUGCCUGCCGCCAUGGAAGCACGGACGUGACGUGACGUCUGUGUCCUCGCAGUUUGGGUCUGGGGGGUCAGAGGUGCCUGCGGUGCACCAGGGGGACAGCCCGAAGAAGUCACCCUUCGGCAGGGACGAACCCCUCUCGUCCCCUCCCGGCUCAACCGCCUGCCUGCCUGCUCUCGCCCCCAAGAAGCCCCGCAUGUUCUCCAACACCUCAUCCGGCUCCAUGGCAUCCCCUCCCAAACUUGAACAGCAGGGGUCUGUGGUGGUGACCACCCCAGGGGAACCCCCCCUCAAACAGGAAGUCCUCGUCUCAGGGGCCCAGCAGUACACAGACAACACCAUAGAGGUCACCUCACCGAACAAGGCGUCCGCGGAAAAGCUUGGAUGGAAAACUGGAGGAGACAUUGUAAAGACGGAGAAGGAGAGUGACAGCCAGGCAGACAAGGCGACACCGAAAGCCGCCAGCGAGACCAGGAGAAGAGGACCUGAAGAGGCUGUUGAGGUUGAGCCCAUGGGGCCUGUUCUGCCCCCCUCUUACCCAGGUAAGGGAGAAGAAGAGAAGAAGCGGAAGGAAGACGUGAGAAAGAAAGAAGAAGAGCGGUGCAGGCAGAGGAAGAGGGCGAGCGACAGGAGGUCAUCCCCCUCCAGCGGCGCCGACUCUUCAUCCUCCGACUCGGAUUCUGGAUCCUCUUCAUCACGUUCCUCUGGCUCCACCUCCUCCCGGGACAAAAAAAAGAAAUCUGUCCCGGGAAAAGGAAGAGGGGAUGAAAGGAGAAGACUGGGAAAAGGAGGAGAGAAGAAACAACCUUCCAGGGAGAAGAAGCAGUCAUCCCUGUCGGAGCCGUCCGGCCCUGGCCCUAUGGAGGUGGAGAGGCCAGACCCAGAGGGCUCCAGGGCCCCCCAGCCCACCCCCGAAGGGGACCCAGAGAACAGUGAGGGCCGCAUGGAGGAGAGUACCACUCCUAAAGCUUUGGCCACACGCAACAUCUCUUUAACCAGCAGUAAGACGUCUCCAGAGGGAGCAGGAGAGGCAGAGUCUGGGACCGCCGCGGGGAGGAAGAGGAGGUGGGGAUCCAGCACGGCCGUCACCACCAAGAAACCUUCCAUCAGCAUCACCACAGACUCUCUGAAGUCUCUGAUCCCAGACAUCAAGCCCAGUCAGGAGGCUGUGAUGGAUCUCCACCCAGACGACAGCCAGCUGUCUGGGGACGAGGACACCUCCACCACCAGGGAGGACCAGGGCCUGGACAAAGACCUUAAGAUCAGACGCACCGUCACACAGGUGGUCCCAGGUGAAAGCCAUGAGAAUGGCCAGGGAGAACGAGAGGAGGAAGAGGAGGAGAAUAAACAGGAGCGUGAGAGGACACACAAAGAGAAGAGAAAGAACAGCUACUCAGAAGUAACCGUGGCGUCUCAGUCCUCCACAACACACGACGCCAACGCCAAGAAAGUCACUCCCAGUGAUACUCUGGUGCGUCGCUCCAUCAGUCAGCAGAAGUCUGGUGUGUCUGUUACCAUCGACGAUCCGGUCCGCACAGACAAACUGCCCUCUCCGCCCAGAGGCAAAGUCUCCAACAUCGUCCACGUCUGUAACCUGGUGCGACCUUUCACCCUGGGCCAGCUGAAGGAGCUGCUGAACAGGACAGGCUCUGUGGUGGAGGAGGGCUUCUGGAUCGACAAGAUCAAAUCUCACUGCUACGUCACUUACUCCAGCACAGAGGAGGCUGUGGCCACACGAGCUGCUCUGCACGGGGUGAAGUGGCCCCAGAGCAACCCUAAGGUCCUCAGUGUGGACUUCUGUGAGCAGAACGAGCUGGACUUCCACAGAGGUCUGCUGACCGUGGACCCCAGAGAGGAGCACCGGCCCCAGCCUGCCGUGGGUCCUGGAGGUCCCAAAGUCCGACCGGGGGGGCUGCCCCCUCUGAUGACUGAACGGGACGGGCGCUCGGACCGCGGGGCUGUCGGAGGGGUGCGGAACCAGUGGGCGGAGAGAGAGAGGGAGAUGGAACGCCGGGAGAGGACCAGGGCGGAACGCGAGUGGGACCGGGACAAGGUGCGAGACUUCGGAGGCAAACCAGGAGAGGAGAGGGAGAGAGGGAGGAGAUCUCGCUCCCUGGAUAGAGAGAGGAGGCGAAAGGAGAGGGAAGGGAAGGAGAAGAAGACCGACAAAAAGGAUGAGCCUCCUGUCAAACUACUAGACGACCUCUUCAAUAAGACCAAAGCAGCUCCCUGUAUAUACUGGCUUCCCCUCACUGAGGAACAGGCAAACCAGAGAGGGAAGGAACGGGAAGAGCGACAGAAAGAACGAGAGAGGAGGCGGAAAGAACAGCAGGAGGAGGAGGAUAAGAAGCGAGAGGAGGAGAGGAAGGAGAGAAUGAAAAGUAGAGAGGAGGGAGGCGCUGCGGUCAGCACUGGAGGUGGGAGUGUCCGGGGAUCUGAGGGAGACAGGGACAGAGAGGGUGAGCGAGGGAGGGACAGAGAGGGGGAGCGA